AUUUGUGGUUAAGUGGAUUUUAUGGAUAUUUAGCAUUAUGGUAAAGGGAACGGGUUCGGAUCCUGUUCAGGUCAAUAAAUUUCUUUUCUCUCUUUCUUUUUUUUGGAAAUCUUUUCACGUUAUUUCUCAAAGUUUUUUUUGUUUCUUCUUUAUUACCACCAACAAGCUUUAUUUUCACAUACCAACACAAAUCCAUUUAUUUGCAGAUUCCUUCCCAUUCUCUCUCUGGGUGUCAGUUAACUUCUUUUAUUUUUUUAAAGUUGGAAUUUUUGUCUAUAAAAUAAAAGGCAACCAAUAA